UUUAGAAUGUGAUGUGAAAAUAGACCCUGUGUAUUUACACAUAGGACAGAGUACAGUUCACACCAUGGGAGUCAUGGCUCAGACCUGGGCACAGUUGCAGCAGACGGCCCAAGUCGAGAAAGUGAUAGUGAAUUAUUACAUGAUAUGUAACGAUACUUUAAGCACUAUCAGGUUUGGCCAAGUUGGUUCUGAUGAAAAUAUUUCUCUACAGAGCAGAGAAAUGCAUGCAUACAGUUGGAGAAGCCACAAGAAACAACAGGUUCUCCAGGUGUGUCUGGAGGGUAAGAACAUGAAGUGGUGUGAUCCUUUUGAAAUCGAGAAACCUGGCACCGUUAUCAGGACCAUUGACCACAAAGGUCACAAGGUCACCUUCCUCAUCAAGGUCAAGGUCAUAUCUGGGCUUCAGAGACAGGUUGGUUGUUUAUUACAUGCUAUUUGGUCAUCAUUUGGUUUAUCAAAUUACCUUCAGUAUUUUCAGUGAUGAUUUAGGGGUUGUUAAGGUAAAACACUUAAAGAUAUAAUAUAUACACAUUUUUAAUGGGCCAAGGUCAUUUUUAUGUCUGAAUGCCC